AUGCAGAAUAAACACAAAGGGGACAUUGAAUUCUUUAUAGAAGAUGAAAAGGUGCAGAAUGCGCUCACGUUGGCAAUAGCUGGACAGCAGCAACUUUCACAAAUCCCAGAACACAACACCCUUCACUACUUCAAGGUGUCACAUAAUGGCCAUUCUAGCGCCUGCGAAAUCCUUAUUAUGCCAAUUAAGCACAAGCAGUACCAGAAUCUAUUCUUCUUCCCGAUCCGAAGAUAUACGAAGUGCUGUGACGAUGCUCCUGGGAGGGAAUUAAAACAACAACACCAGACUAUAUACGAUGUUUACAUUCGGCCAAAUCAGUGGCGUUUCGAUGAUGAUAACAGCAAAGAGGUCAAGAUGCCCCAAAAUGCAUCACCCGCGUGUACUUGUCUUGAUCACGCACAGCUUGGUCUUGAUUAUCUACGACAAACCGCCACUGCAACAUCUUCUAGCGCGGAAGCGGAUGUAGUGUUCCGCAUGAUCUCUACAUGUCUAUGUCGGUGUAUCGAUAUGGCCGAUGAAAUGGACAGUAGCGACACAAACAGCACAGAGCCUCGCUCAAGAAAAGAAACGAAUGGUACAGACACGACCACAGAGCGUCACGCAAGCAAAGAAAUGGAUGGUAGUGACACCGCCAUGGAGCCUCGUUCAAGCAAAGAAACGGAUAGUGUCGACACAGGCACCGAACCUCGCCCAAGGAAAAAAAGGAAACGUCAAAAGGAUGCGGUCGAUACGAUUUCGAAGAAACUCUUAAAAGCUGCGGAAAUAAAAACGCCUGAAUCGUCCAACAAUGCUUCCGACUGCCGUUCCUUGCCAAGUGGUAGCCAACUCAACAGACUCCCUAUUUUGACGACUUACGACCAGCGAGAAGAAUUUGCCGAAAUCCUACAGAAGCUGCGCAGCAAAACGCACGAGAGAGCUGACCAAAUUAUGUGGGCGAACAAGCGAUACUCUUCCGACAUGCGAUUCCUCCUCCGUCGUGAAAAAAAGAUCGAAUCUGAUAAGGAAGCCGACCGGUCUGCCAGAUCUUCAAGGCUUAUCAAUCGUAUCGCCAGUACGCUAUCUAACAACGAUUCCAAAUGCUAUUGUGGUGCACAGGUGUACAAUUUAUUUGCCAAGACCCGUAAUUUGCUAACUAACCUUCCUGGUGACGAAGCCAAGCGAGUCGAAGGAGCCGACAAAAUAGCAGAAUUAAUAGGAGCGGAUCUUCCGCCUCUGUGCGGUCCUACUAUAAUAUUCCAUGCUCCUGCAGUUAUCGCCGCUUUAUGGGACAAAGACUAUGAGACUAUAUGCAAAGAUCUUAAUGCAGAACGUCUCGCACUGCAUGAUGUAACCAAACAUGUAGUUAAAGUACCAUAUGACGACGAUCUUUAUACAUAUGGUGUUUAUCUCGAGAACGGCUGUCCGGUACAUGGUGGGCAGAGUGGCAAUACGGCUUCGCCUAACAGCUUGUUGUACAGUGACACUAGCGGAAUACAAGAUCAACAAACUCAACAGAGUCUCGAAGGAGUCAACUUUCGUACACCGCUUCCCGGUUCUCAAGAAACCGAUCCACUACGAAUUUUCGACAACUUCCUGGAAACAUUGGAUGAAAAUGGCACCGGAUCGCUGGACGAUAUCGGUAUUUCUUCAUUCGGUGUGGACAUCUUCUCGGGUUGUCUCAACUCUGUUAUAGAUAACAGUCAAUUUUUUGUAUAG